UUGCAGCAGUAUCACUGCAAUUUAGAUUUCUAAACUGCGCGCUUUUAGGUAAAACCUCUGAACACAAAAACCUUUUCACAAGAACAUAAACAAAAUGGUGUUUGGGCAAGUAGUGAUAGGUCCACCUGGCUCAGGCAAAACCACUUACUGCAACGGCAUGUCUCAGUUUCUCAGUCUCAUCGGCAGGAAGGUCGCCGUCAUCAAUUUGGAUCCUGCAAAUGACUCUUUACCGUAUGACUGUGCUGUGAAUAUCGAGGAACUUAUUAAAUUAAGCGAUGUUAUGGCGGAGCAUUCGCUUGGUCCUAAUGGGGGUCUUGUUUAUUGCAUGGAUUACUUAGAGAAGAACAUUGACUGGUUGCAAUCUAAAUUGAAACCUUUGCUAAAAGAUCACUACCUUCUUUUCGAUUUUCCUGGACAAGUGGAAUUAUUUUUCCUUCACUCGAAUGCCAAAAAUGUUAUAAUGGAACUCAUUAAGAAGUUGAACCUUAGGUUGACUGCUGUGCAUUUAGUUGAUGCCCAUCUAUGCAGUGAUCCUGGGAACUAUAUCAGUGCAUUGAUUCUCUCGUUAUCAACUAUGCUUCAUAUGGAACUCCCGCACAUCAAUGUUUUGUCUAAGAUUGAUCUAAUUGAGAACUACGGAAAAUUGGCUUUUAAUCUUGAUUUCUAUACUGAUGUACAAGACUUAUCAUAUUUGCAGCACCAACUUGAUCAGGAUCCUCGUUCUGCUAAGUACAGAAAGCUUACGAAGGAGCUGUGUGAGGUGAUAGAAGAUUUCAGUCUUGUUGAUUUUACGACUUUAGAUAUCCAGGAUAAAGAAAGUGUAGGAAAUCUCGUGAAGUUGAUAGACAAGACCAAUGGGUAUGUAUUUGCUGGUGUGGAUGCCAGUGCGGCUGAAUUCAGCAAGAUUGCUGUCCGCCCUGCUGAUUGGGAUUAUUACAGAGUUGCUGCAGUCCAAGAGAAGUAUAUGAAAGAUGAUGAAAAUUUUGAUCACGAGAAUUCAUAAACCUAAUUAGGAGUUUCUGUGUCACAUAGUAUAGUUAUCAAAAGGAGUGUUAGUUUUUCUUCCCUCCACCAAAUACCGUCUCGAGGAAUUUGUGUAAACUAGAAGCAGAAAUUUCACCUUUUUGUAGGUUUGUAAACUCAGAUUCUGUCGUCAAGGUAAGUUUACUUGUUUGAAAACUA